CUGUAUGCUUUCAAUUAUUGCACGCGUUUCGCACACUGACCAGCAGGGGGCAGAAGAUGUUAGGAAAUGCGUCUAAGCAGCCGGAUUCGCGAGGAAGAUGAAGAAGACAACCAGGAAACGAAGCGUCAGCAACCGGGAAAAUGGCUACCGGAGUGGAUCAAGUAGCAGGCACGAGUCUUAUUCUCUUCAGCCUCAUGCUGUUUACGUACUAUUCUAUCUGGGUCGUCGCUCUGCCUUUCAUGGACAGCGAUCACGUAUUACACAAGUAUUUUCUUCCACGGGAAUACACAGUCAUUCUGCCCGGUAUCGCGGCAGUACUGCUGCUCCUUUGCGUAGGGGCCUUCACCGCCGUCGUCCUUUGGAAGAAUCAGAGACCCAAAAAAGUGAACUAAAUCUCAAGACGGAACUGCUGUUGGUUAAAUAUAGUGUUUUCCUCCUCCUCUGCCGAUAGUUCCUUAAUAGAUGACUCACCAAUAGAUAUUUUGGUAAAUAAAUAAAUAAACUAGAAACUUGA